CUUGGCCUGGGUUAUAAAACAUCUGAUCAUGCCAGUCCUCAACUUGUGAAGUCCCUUAGAGGUGUCCCACUGGUUCAGAUCACUGCAGGUGGUUCCCAGAGUUUUGCAUUGUCUAUGUCGGGAAUUGUCUUUGGAUGGGGAAAGAAUAAUGCAGGACAACUAGGAUUCAAAAUGGCUCCUCAGAGAGCAGGAAUAUUUAAACCGUAUGCAGUAACCUCCUUGAGAAACCUCAGCAUUACUUAUAUAAGCUGUGGGGAUGAACAUACGGCUGUUCUAAGCAAGGAUGGCACGGUGUACACAUUUGGUGAUGGCAGCCAUGGACAGCUAGGAAAGAAUGUGGAGGGUAACACAGCAGAACCUCAGAAGAUUGAAGAGUAUGAAGGACAAGUUUCACAGAUAGCUUGUGGAAGCUACCACACUCUACUGUAUGUCUUUACUUCUAACUGCAUUGUGUCCUUUGGUCGUGGGCUGCAAGCAAAACUAGAAACUUCCAGCACUGAUAAAAGUCAACCUCCACAGGAGCCAGGGGAAUUAGACAUUAGUUGCCUAAUCUGUCCAAAAGACUUUGUGAACAUCCAUAUCAAACGGAUCUUUGCUGGAAACUAUGUCAGCUUUGCAACAUCUUCUCUUCAAACACAGAACCAUAAAACAACAGCACUGAUUGACAACUUGCAAAAGAUCUGUCGACUUGACAAAGACAUGGUAAAAGUGUGGACAGACCCAAUCUCUGGGAGAGAGAAGAAUCAAGAUGCCAAAAGGCUAAUAACUAAGAUAUUUUCUUCACCUGCUUGCCUCACUGCAAGUUUUCUGAAACACCGAGCUUCUCCAUUGGACACAUCUCCAAUAGUGGACCUUAACGUUGCAAGUGAAUUAUUUACAAAAAUA